CAAUAGGGAAGCCAUUUUGUUACUACACACACAAGUUUUGAAUAAGUCGCACGAAGUUUCAGAGUAUAAAAGUACCUGCUAAUUUUCUACAAAACACUGUGCUUUGUUAAUAUAUUUAACGAUCUCAUCGGUAUUUCCGUGAAAUAAAGUGAUAAAGAGUGAACAAAAAUUUGUAUAAAUCACCUUUCGUGGAGGAAAAAUUAAUGUUUUCCUCAUGCGAAUGAUACGAUGUUGUGUUUACUUUUUUAAAUAGAUCGGUCAAAAGAUUAAAAAAAAAGAUGUUUUGCUGUUUGAGAAAUUGUUUUGAUGGUAUUGGAUUCACAGCAAACCAAAUUCCAAAAAAAGAACCAAAUCCGAUUACUUUGGAUACUACUCAUAUGGGACAUGAAGUAGUUAUAGUCAGAAAAGGUUUAAGAGUUUGCGGACGUGGUGGUGCCUUAACAAAUGUACCUCUUGCCCAAAGCAAGAGUUAUUUUGAAGUUAAAGUACAACAAAGUGGAAUAUGGGCUAUUGGAUUAGCUAACAAAUCUACAAAUCUUAAUACUGCGAUUGGAGGAAGUGACAAUGAAAGUUGGGCUCUCAAUUCCGAUGGCAUUUUAAGGCACAAUCAACAAGAGUUGCACAAGAUUCAAAAUCCUGUUCAAGAAGGAGAUAUUGUUGGAGUAUCCUAUGAUCACAUAGAAUUAAAUUUUUAUGUUAAUGGAAAAUCUUUGGAAGCCCCAAUCAUUGGUAUCAAAGGCACUAUUUAUCCUGUGCUUUAUGUUGACGACGGAGCUAUACUAGAUUUAAUUCUGGAUAAUUUUACUCAUCCUCCACCAAUGGGUUUUGAAAAAAUAAUGGUAGAACAAUCAUUACUUUAACGAUACACACAAUGUGUAUAAUAUUGAAAUGGCUAAUUAUCAGACAGUUUUAAAUUGUUCACUCAAAGUACAUUUUGUCCAUUCUAAACGCGAACAAAUGUUGCGAUAAUUAUAUAUAAUUCUAUCUGCAGUUAAAGAUUAUAUACAAUAACAUGAAUAAAAAAUCUUUAUUAUAAUGUAAUAUAUAUAUAUGUGUGUGUAUAUAUAUAUAUAUAAUUUAAUUAGCAACUGCAAAAUAAACAUUUUGUCUAAUACUUACAGUUUCAUUUUUUUAUUUCGCGAGUAUAUUAAUAGUUUAAUAAUCUUAUUAGAAGUAAAUCUGUGCAAUUUGUUGAGACCUUCUUAGUUUUAUUAAAAUUAAAAAGUUUACAACAUUCAUUUUAGAGACAAAGUUAGCAGUAUACUUAAACUUGGUAUACAUAUAUUCCAUAUUUAUUAUUGUUACUAAACUUCCAAUUUGGUUGUUUAGCAACAGAGUUUAAUAAAUCAUAAUAACAAUAUAAUAUGUAUGCCUCAUGUAUAUAUGUAAUCGUACAAUAGUAGAUUGAUCAUUAAUUAUUAUUAAUGAUGUUUUGUUUACUGCACACGCGAAAUUAUUUACAUAUGUAUGUGUAUCAUGUUUACACGAAUCUUUAUGUAUAAUUAUUGAUUUGUAAUGAAAUAACGGUAUGAUGCUAUAUACACUGAUAUUACUAAUAAAAUACCAACAUCUUAGGCCUAUUCUUAUUUGCUUUAAUGGGCUAGUGUCAUGGCUUUUUUCAUUGACAAUAAAUUUAUAACAUAUUUAGAUACCGAAAAUUUAAAACAUUAAAGCUAAUUUUUGAUCCAAACUAAUAUAUUGAGUAUAUAUGCGUAUCUUUAUAUAUAAUUAUAUAAAUAUUAAAAAUAAUUAACAAUCCCAAGUAAUGCACAAAAAAUUUUAACCUUAAUUGGUUUUCUUUACAUAGUACACUAAAUCUUGUUACAAUUACAAAGAAAUUGUAAGACAUUAGUCGAAAGGCAAUUAAUAAAAUAUGAGAUUUUCCAAAAUUAAGGAAACUGAUAAAACUUGUUAUUAAUUUUGUUAUUAAUAUUGUGUGACACAGUCAUUAAAUGUUAUAAUUAUCCCGAAUGUCGGUAAGAAAUAACUUUGUUUAUACAGAGUAAUAUAGAAUUAAUGAUUUGUAUUAUAAUGAGAUAAAUUCUUCGAUGCAUUUAGAAAUGCAACCUUGCAUUAAAUUUGCUUUCUGUUUACUGUACAUAUAAUGAGCAUUUUUGUGUCACAUAUAAAAGGUUGUUUUUAUGAUUGUACUGCAAGCAUUUUAAAUACUUGCAAAACAUAGUAAAUCUUUGGUCCUUAAUAUUAUUUUUAUGAAAAUUAUAUGUUUAUGUAUUUCUAUAAAUUAUUAUGUAUUUUUUAUAAGUAGGUCAUUCGAUUGAAAACAAUGUGCUUUUGUAAUAACUUAAGUUAGAGCUGUAUACAGAGUUAUAUCUAGCUAAAUUAAUAUUGAGAUUAAUGAAAUCUAAAUUUAAAAAAAAGAAACCAAGAAAUCGUUGUAUGUUACUUAACUCUUUCUUACUCGUGACUCUGUAUAUGACUCUUAAUAUGAGAGAUAUAUAAAUCAUAUUGUAAAAUACACAUCACACAAAUUUACAAUUUAUUAUUGUUGAUGGCAACUAUCAUCUCUACCUAUACUUGAUUUAAUCCCAUUAAACAUUAAUUUAUGUAUUUUUUAUAGACAUAUUUAUAAUGUGUAAAAUAGCAAUUUCAUGGCACUGGUUUACUAGUUUUUUUUUUUUUUUCAUUUCAUUUUAUUAUUAUUAUUUUUUUUUUUUUAUUAUAGGAAUAUUGUGUUCAUUCGAGAGACCAACAUUAAUAUAUCCAAGAGAGCCCUUGCAACCUAUGCCUUAAUGAUAUAUAAAAUAUUUGCUAAAAAGGUAUAAGAUAUAUUACAUUUAGUUUAUGACUGGAUGAUAUGAAAUAUUUAUAAUGGUAACCCAGCGAAUUGUAUUGCACAUAAUUCUCAUUAGGCAGUAAUUAUUAAUAAUUAAUUAAAUUUAACACGCUUUCCAUUUUAUUUUGAGAGAUAUAAUUAGUGACCAAUAUGUCUAUAACUUCAUUUCAUUAAAUUAUUUAAAAGUUACGCAUAUUAUAUAUUAAGUAAUUCUACCAGACUGCACUCAUUGUUUUGGACGCCAUUUGAUCGUUUUAUCAGAAAUACUACAUUCUAAACCAAGUUGCUGUUUUAUCAUAAUUAUAUAAUUAAAUAUUUAUUAUUCAAUAUCAUGAUAAUUAUCAGAUGUAUGGCCUCUGUCACUAAUUUCUUUCAUAAAAAUCUUAUCACUUAAA